UUUCGCUUUCCUUCCCGCAAAAACUGACUUAUUCUCUCCGCUUUCUAAAGUUAUUGUCUUUUUUUUUUUUUUCUCUUUCUAAAACGAAAACUAAAAUUAUUAUUAAAUUUUAUAAAUUUAAAGCUAAAGCUAUGCAGAUAAAUUCUGUACAAAUACAAUCCUCCUGCAACGCUAUUAUAGCUUCCUCUUAGAUCGAAUCAGGUAUAGUAGAUUUGAUCUUUGGAAGUUUGGAGGUUAAGUUUGGUAAAUCAAUGCAGGUGGGGGCCAACUUAACAUUUGUAACUCCCUAAUUGGUGCCUAAUUUUGAGAUUCUUUCGAUCAGAAAGUCAUGGUGAUUUAGUUGUAAUGAAUAUCCGAGAGUUAGGUUGUGGUGAAGAGGCUAUAUUUAUAAUUAUAACCAAUGGGGGUGAGCUACUUAGCAAUUUCAGCUGUUUGUACAGUUUUAAGUUUUGUAGGUCUUCAGUGGUGGACAGAGUUUUCAUUACAUAAACUAAGAACAGAUGGGUUAAUCGGUGAGAAUUUGGUUGACUUGGAGAAUGCCAACCAUGCCCUGGAGUUGUUCUUGGGUUCGUAUGCCACAGUUGCAUUGCUGGCAAAUUUUGCGCUCAAUGUUUUUAUUCUACUUAUUCUUUGUCUCAAGACUAUAUUCUUUGUAGAGUUGUAUCCUUCUGAAACUCGUAAAUUUGUGGAACGUCUUAUCAACUAUGUCAUUUACAAGGGAACAUUUCUACCGCUUGUUGUUCCACCAACAGUAUAUCAAAUGGGCUUGUGGUCAAUUUGGUUGACAGUCUUAUGUUCUUUAAAGAUGUUUCAAGCCUUGGCAAGAGAUAGACUCGAACGUUUGAAUGCAUCUCCCUCUGCGACACCAUGGACAUAUUUCCGCGUGUUUUCAGUAUUACCUUUGGUUCUCUCUGUUGACAUUAUCUGGAUAAGGCUAUGUCUAAUAAUGUGCAGAAUACUGGAUUCAUCUAUGUCCCUGUUGUUAUUUUUUGAGCCUCUGAGUGUCGCUUUUGAGACCAUGCAGGCCAUUUUGGUUCAUGGUUUCCAGUUGCUUGAUAUAUGGAUCCACCAUGCAGCAGGGAAUAGCACAAACUGUGAAAGGCCAAAGUUCUUCGACACAUCAGCGGCAGGUGCAUUGUUGGAAUGGAAGGGCAUUCUUAUCCGAAAUUUGGGCUUUUUCCUAGACAUGGCUACAUUGUUUAUGGCACUUGGUCAUUACAUGCAUAUUUGGUGGCUUCGUGGCAUGGCUUUCCAUCUUGUGGAUGCAGUCCUUUUCUUAAACAUACGUGCCUUGCUAAGUGCUAUCAUAAAGCGUAUAAAAGGAUUCAUCAAACUGAGAGUAGCUUUAGGGGACCUUCAUGCUGCGCUUCCUGAUGCAACAUCUGAAGAGCUACGUGCAUAUGACGAUGAAUGUGCUAUCUGUCGGGAGCCCAUGGCAAAGGCUAAAAAGCUUCACUGCAAUCACCUUUUCCAUCUUGCGUGCUUGAGAUCUUGGUUGGAUCAAGGUUUAAAUGAGAUGUACUCAUGCCCUACAUGUCGAAAACCGCUUUUUGUGGGUAGACCUGAAAACAAUGCAACCCCUCGUGCUGGGGAAGUUUCCAGCGAUGAACAGUUAGCUCGUCAAUUAAGUUUGGGCCUAGAUAGGCAAAACAAUUCUGCACAAACCCUUCCCACUGGUGUUUUCCCAACUCAGACACAGAACCCUAUGGAAGAUAGCCCUUGGAGGAGUGCAGGACUUGAUUCAAGUUGGUUGCAUACUUGGCCAAGCCAAGGUGUUGAUGGAGCUGGUCCUUCUACAGCUAUGAGAUCAGUUGGAUUAGGGAGAGUUCAGAUGAUGAUGAGACAUCUUGCAUCUGUAGGAGAAACCUAUGCACAAACUGCCAUUGAGGAUACUUCUUGGAGCCUUUGGCAAAUGAAUCCUUCUCAGGCUGCUGGUGCUGCUUCUGGUUCACCUGUUCCUCCUCCUGUUGCUGGAAGAUACCUUGGAAAUACUGGUGGUCUACAUACUAGAUCAGCCUCAUGGUCUGGAAAUGAUGACAUAGCAAACAUACUUGCUAUGGCUGAGACUGUGCGAGAGGUUCUGCCACAUGUCCCAGAUGAGUUAAUUUUACAGGACUUGCAAAGAACAAAUUCAGCUACUGUUACUGUGAAUAAUCUUCUUCAAAUGUGAUUUGCUUACAUAUUUUAACGCCCCGUGAAUACGUGAAUGAGAAUCAUGAUCCAGUGUAUAAGUUUGAAGGCGUGCAUGCGCAGCAGGAAGGUGGUUCGUAUUAUCAAACAGAAUGGUUUUAUAUGUUUGUUAUUUUAAGAAAAAAAGAUUAAAUGUCGAGAGCUCCAUUCUCUGUACAAAAAGGCAGCUCGGUAAAUCAGUUGUUCUCAGUGAAGAACACAAAUAUAGCCCUUAGUAUUACUAUGUACUACAUGGAAAAAUAAAAUUUGCUAUAUACACAUUUCACAGACUGUUAUAUUAUUAUAUGCAGUCCGGUUUUGAUGCUGCA